AUGGCAGAACGUGGAGGAGUUCUUCGACGCCACCCCCGUAGAGACGCCGGCCGAGGCAACGAGGAUGACAGAAGAGACCCACGUGAUAUCGCAGAAAUUGCGAGGUUGCGACAACGGGUCCGGGACUUGGAGUUGCAACAUGAGGAACGAGAUGAGGAGACUGAAACAGACACCGUCAUCUGGGAUGAUGGGGAAGGAGAAGGUCGUCCUUUUGUUAAUGGUUUUGGUCGACGGGGUCGACACCAGAAUCGUUACGAGUCUGAUCCACUUCGACACAUGGGAAUGAAGGUCGAAGUUCCAGAGUUUGAUGGUAAAGCGCAACCAGACGAGUUUAUUGAUUGGCUCAGCACGGUGGAACGCAUCUUCGAUCUUAAAGACAUCUCUGACAAGGUCAAGGUAAAAGUUGUUGCCAUUAAACUCUGUAAAUAUGCUUCCUUAUGGUGGGAUCACGUAAAAAAGAAAAGGGUUCAAGAGGGGAAAUCCAAAGUUGAAACCUGGGAAAAAAUGAAGAAACUAUUACGGGAAAAAUUUUUACCGGCUAAUUAUCGUCAAGAGGCCUUUUUAGAAUAUCAUAAUUUCUCCCAACGGACCUCCACCGUUGAGGAAACAAUUGCUGAAUUUGACAGACUCAGGAUGAGAUAUGGGGCUGAAGAGGAGGAAGAGCAAGUGAUUGCUCGGUUUCUGGGAGUAUUACAACCCGACAUCUCGAAUAUGGUUCAACUCCAACCAUAUUGGAGUUUCAAUGAUGUUUGUAAGUUAGCCCUCAAAGUGGAAAAACAACUUAAAGAUAAAACGAGGAGCGCCCCUCCUAAAUUCGGCUCAAUCAAAGCCGAAAACUCUCGUGCUCCCUCGACGUUAACACCCGGGAACCGGCUCGGCCCAAUCAAAGCUGAAGCCUCGGGUGGAUCAUCUAGUUCUACCACUGGUUCUCGUAUAACUAAGUGCUUCAAGUGUGGCGGGUUAGGCCAUUUCGCUCGGGACUGCGCACACACACAUCUAGUCACCCUCAUAGACGAGACUGAACCAGUUUAUGACACCGAAAAUGAAGAAGGACCAGAAACAAUUCAAGAAGUUGUUUACCCAGAUAAAGGAGAAUUAUUGAUUACCCAACGAACACUUAACACACACCCUAUCCCACUCGUAGACGACACGUUGUGGCUUAGGAACAAUAUUUUUCAAACGAAGUGCACGUCGAAAGGGAAGGUUUGCACCAUUAUUAUCGACGAGGGAAGCUGCGAAAACAUGGUCGCAACAUGCAUGGUGGAAAAACUAGGUCUCAAGGUAGAACCCCACCCUGAUCCGUAUCAGUUAACAUGGCUGAAAAAAGGGAAUUUUGUUAAAGUUAAUCAAAGAUGUCUGGUGCAAUUCUCAAUUGGAAACCGAUAUUCGGAUGAAGUUUGGUGCGAGGUAAUUCCAAUGGACGCUUGUCAUGUGCUAUUAGGAAGACCUUGGCAGUACGAUAGGCGAACGAAACAUGAUGGUUUUAAAAAUACUUACACUUUCCGGAAAGAUGGUGUUAACAUAAUACUUGCUCCGUUAGACGCUCGGGAAAUGGGAACGGAAGCAGUUGUCCUUACCAAGUCAGCCUUCAUCGAUUUUACCAAACACACCAAUCCUCCGCUUUUAUAUACUCUUUUCGUGGCUGAACAAAAUGCACCCUCAGGAGAUCCCCCACCCGAAGUACAGCCACUUCUUGAUGAAUUCAACGAUGUGUUUCCAGAUGAAAUUCCUCCAGGUCUACCACUCAUGCGUGAGGUACAACAUUGUAUUGACUUUGUUCCAGGUUCGGUCAUUCCCAACAAACCAGCUUAUCGUAUGAACCCAAAAGAGUUUAACGAGCUACACCGACAAGUUACCGAACUACUAGAUAAGGGACUUAUUCGAGAAAGCAUGAGUCCAUGCGCCGUGCCUGCUUUACUAGUGCCAAAACCCGGCGGAGCUUAUAGGAUGUGUAUUGACAGUCAGGCCGUCAACAAAAUCACCAUCAAAUAUCGAUUUCCUAUACCUCGUUUUGAAGAUUUGCUUGAUCAACUACAUGGGUCGUCGGUUUUCUCGAAGAUCGAUUUACGUAGUGGGUACCAUCAGAUACGUAUGUGA